UAGAGGAGAGCAAAGCCAAACUGUUUGACGUAAUGGAACACAUUUCUAGCGACAGUCAACUGUACUUCGUAGACAACACGAGCAAUGAUGACCCUGCUGUACACCGAAUCAGAGAUGAAAUAGUGAAAUUAGCACCAUUUCAAAAAAAUUGGAACAAGCCGAUACCAGCAACGUGGAUGAGCCUCGAUAUGGAUCUACGAAUGCUGAAACAACAGAAACGAUACAUUAUACAAUUUUCUGAAGUCAUGGAUAUUGAUAAAAGGAACGAAGUUUCCAUUGGUGACUCAGAGGAAAUAAAAUUCUGUUUGAGGUACAUGCACCUGACAGGCAGCAUUUUGUUUUUUGAAAACGAAACGGAUAGUGUAGAUACCCAGGAGCCUCUAAUCGUCACACAUCCUCAAUGGAUAGUUGAUGCAUUUCGUUGUAUUAUCAAAGCAAUGCGAUUUAUUGACACACAUGAAGAUGAUAGUACACAUCUACAUAUCAGGCAGUUUCUAAAAUCAGGCAUUCUGACUGUCGGAUUACUGGAAAGACUUAUGGAAAAAUAUCAGGACAACCAAGAUGUUCUUAUCCAAAUAAUGCAGCGCCUGCAUCUGCUGGUCGUCGUCACAGAGAAGACGGAUGAACAUAAGUGGAUAGUUCCAGCGCUACUUCCCCCAGGAGAUGCUCCACUCUUCGUCAUAUCCCGUCGUCAUGCGGUGACAUCGAAAACCUUGUGCUUCGUGUUCAAAUCGAAACUUCUCCCCGCCAUUUAUGACAAACUUUUAGCGUUAUGCCUUUCAUCAGUCCUUAGAAUUGAAAAGGAUGGGAAAGGAAAUGCUAUCAUGAAAAGAGGAUCUGCAUGCUUUAUAGUAAACCGGGCUUGUGAUCUUCUUCUUAGUUGUACUGGAGCCGUUGUGAGCUGCACCCUUAUCAAUAAGAACGGGGACAGAGACUUCAAAUGGAAAUGCUCAUUUGUACGAUCAUUAUUGUGUGACUUUAUAAAAGAGAUUUCCACGCAGUUUCAUCACGGGAACCUCGUAUAUGAACUGUGUUUACAUUGUAAACACGAAAUUUGCAGCGACUCCUGUCCAAUUCCGAUUUCGGACAUCAGAACGGAAACGCGAGUGCGUUGUUGUGAGACCUCUUCUGACGAUCUACAUUGGCUCGAUAAGUCGGAGGCAGAACCUUGGAUGGAAAAGAGAAACAGGGAACUGGGCAAUGAUUACAAGCUUCUUGUUGAAAUCCUCGAUUCACAACCCACUGAAAGGAUGAUGGCGUUAUUAAGCCGGCGUCACAUUGGUAGCCAGUAUAAGCUUUUCUUCUCUUUUCUCGGAUUAAAGCCGGCUACCAUAAGCUCCCACACAACUCCGAACACUGAGCUACCGACUAUCAUUUUUCAUCUCUUUGUGAUCUGGAGAAAUAAAAAGGACAAAGAGGCAACUGUCAGAGAAAUUCUUAACGCUAUGAAAUUUGUGGAGCUUGAUUUCAUGGAUGCUGCGGCUGAGCUUGAUAAAGAAUUUAUGAGAUCAUCAAAUUCGACAUAAACCACACGCCAUUAUGUUAUUGUGUGCAAAACAAGACUGUUUUAGAGGACUACCGGGGGGAAAAUUACGUAUGUGUUUCUUUUUGAACCAUUUAAUGUCUGUGAUUUCAGAUAUUUUACCUUUAACAUUUUGUUUGAGUUUGAUGUGUUUUCUGUCAGUGCGUGUCAUUUCAAUAUGUUUGGCUUUAAAUAACUCAAAAUGUCGUAGGGCGAAAUGACAAAGUACAGAUCAAGGGGUUGACAGAUCGAUAACUUGAAACGUUCUGUUUUUCAUUGAUUGAUAAAAAUACAUAUAUGUAAGAACAUUCAACAGUUGAUGUACAAUGGUACUACAAUAUGAUUAUCUAUAUCGAUUUUAAAUUUGAGAAUCUGCCGGGAAAGGAAAUACAAUUCCGAUCACAUAUCUGAGCCCACAUUCAUGAAACCAUUAUCAUGCUCAAAUACAUACACAUUUAUGUUCCAAUACUUUUUAGUGGUAAAUGAUCAAUGUGAUUAAUGAAUUCAUGUCUCAAUGAUUUGAAGACAUUUCGGGAAAUUCCCAGUAAGAUGUUUACUUUUGACUGUUAAACUACUAUUUCCUGAUAUCAGCGCGACUUUCAUUUGUAGCCCUCAAUAGUUUUAGUUAUCAAUGUUAACUUAUAAUAGAACCUUUUUAGCAUAUGUAAUAUCAGAUAUCAAACUCUUGAUAGUGAUACCACACCCGCUCCCCCCUCAUUUCCGAAUUUUGCCGCUUCUGCUUAUUUAAAGCCUCUUUACUGUUUUUUGUUUAUUGCAAAACUUUACAGAAAGCUGUACUUCAUUAUCCCUUAAUGUAAUAAACAUCUCAAAUUAGAACGUAACGAAUCCCUGCGCGCGCCAAAUUACAUCCCCGGAUAAUCAACAGAAAAAAGCAGGAUUUGUUUAUUACGGACACACUUCACUCAAUGUCGUGGUUGAUGUCGUGGUUUUGCCCUUUCUUUUCAUUCACAGCAGUAACAACCAGAAAGACUGAUAUACUUUGGAAUUCUGCUGUCAUUUUUCAAAACAAAUCAGUUUGGGUAAACGUAUAUAAUAUUUUCUGCGGCUCCUUUACACAUCGAGGUGGUGCAUCGCAUUCGAGUUUCAUUGUAAUCAGCGGAUAGUUUUCCGUUUUAAAUUGCAAUUUAAAAACUCUGGUAUUUAUUUUAUGCAAUAUAUCAUCAUUAUGGUAGAUUUGUUUAGAUGUUAAUAGGACGUUAAACAAAUCAAACCAAACCAAUCUGUCAUGGCAACAUUUUAGUUUUUUUUUUACUUUUGUCAUAAUUUAUGUUUUGAAAACCUAGAGAAUCUUUAGUAAAAGCAAACGAAUUGUUGGUAUUGUCUUACUGAAAAUUGAUUAAGAUUGAUUUACAAAGAGCCAUUACAAUUUCUCGAUAGCGGAUAUGGAUUUGCUUAUUAUUUUUACACAUGCUGUCUUCGUAUAAAAACGAUAUUUACUUGCGUAGAGAUUUUGGAGGAUUUGGUUUGGUUUGUUUUUGUUUACCGUCCUAUUAACAGCCAGGCUCAUUUAAGGACGUGCCAGAUUUUUUGAGGUGGAGGAAGGCAGGAGUACCCGGAGAAAAAACACCGGCCUACGGUCAGUACCUAGCAACUGCCCCACGUAGGUUUCGUGCUCGCAACCCAGUGGUGGAGGGCUAGUGUUAAAGUGUCGGUACACCUUAACCACUCGGCCACCGCGGCCCCGAGUGAUUUGGAGGAAUUUACAGCAAAUGUGGAUGUUUUGUAUAUCUUACGGGGGAACGCAGGAUAAAAACUCAAUUAUGUGCCGAGAACUGAUCGGGACUGAAAGGGAUGAUAUCAGAUUUGUUUAAUAUAUCUUCAAAUAUAAUAUAUUAACAGGUAUUUACAGCUGUAUUAUUUAAUAUGUUAGAUUAAAAAAUAUAUGUUCAACAGAUGAAGAUGCUCUAUUCAACGGCUCCUUUAUAUAUUUGCUCUCCCUCUAUAGCAAUGUUCUGUUCUUAGGUUUGUGCGAAUUAUUAAGAUGCUUCAUUGAUAGCGCUGCGUUGUUUACAUGUGUUUUAUACGGAAAUAUAUGUACAAUAUAGAUAUGCUCCAUGUGUGCAUAUGUACUACAUUUAUAGAUAUUCCAUUUGUAUAAUAAUAAAAUGGUAGUAAAGACUGCACUUAACCUAUUAUAGCAAA